AGAUAAAAAGACAAAACACUUCUCAGAAUGAACUAAAGUGAUUGCUGAUUUAAAAAAAAUAUAUAUGUAUGUAAAAGGCGCGAAACGGAGAAGAAGCAAAAGAAACGAAACGAAAAUAAAAAAAAAUAAACAAAACCCCUGCAAUCGAAAGUGAAUCGUAAAAAUACCGUUGAACCAACAAGUGAAUGAAAUCUUCGACAAACCAAUCGCUAUUAAAAAAUCUCGAGCACUGAGCGCACGAACGAGUGAAUGUGUAUGUGUUUUGUUUUAUAAAAGCCUCCGAACGCACCCGCCCGCUCGCCCGAAGCCAAUCAAUUGAAAUUGAGCUAAAAAUACAAUGUGCUCAUAGUUACUUCAAACACCAAAACAAAAGUUGUAAUUCUAAUUGAUUUCUAAUCGUGAACCACGAAAUAAGAGCACACAAAAUUGGGAGCAAAGAGAAUGCAGGCUGUCAAGUUAGAAAUGGCUCGUGAUUCAGCGGUUGGAAGAGAGCGUAUUCUGGUUGUACCGAGCAGCCUGGCGCUUGACAACUCAACAACCAAUCAACAUGCCACCAGUGCACAAAACGAUCUCAAUCAACAAAUUCUUGAGCUGAAAAAGGAGCAGGAAUUGCAGAAGCAAAUGCUUUGGCAUACAUUUCAGGAGAAAAACAAACAGUUGGAACUUCAGCAUAAAUGGCAACUCGAACAUAAGUUUCAGUCUGCGGCGUAUUCAAAUGGCGUAUUGCAGGAAUUGCAUGAGCAACGUAUAGCCGCUCUUGAGGAGCAACAACAACGCGAACAACGUGAACAACGAGAACAGCGUGAACAACGCGAACGACGCGAACGUGAGGCAAUCGUUCGUCGGAAAGAGAAUUCAUCCAGUGCCAAUGCUAGUCCAGAAGUUAAGCAAAAAUUGCAAUCAUUUAUCAUCAGCAAGAAGCAAAAUGCUUCAUCAAAUGGUCUUGCUUCUGCCGCGUCGCCAUAUCGAAAUUGGGGUGUUGUCAAAAGUUCAUCGGGCGAAUCGUUCCCAGCUGGUGUUCUGCCAAGCUCCCACCCAUAUAAAAUACCUCAACAGCCGCCACCAACUAUAUCGAAAUACGAUCCCGAUUUUCCACUGCGCAAAACAGCAUCCGAGCCCAAUUUAUUGAAGAUACGUUUGAAACAAAGUGUUAUUGAGAGAAAAGCUCGCGCCGGAUCAUUGGCCGCACGACGACAAGAACGUUUGCUAAUUGCUGCUCAACGUCGACUAAAGCAACAUCAAAGCUCUCUAAUUGGACCAAAUUGUUCAUCAACAGAUUCAGGUCCGAAUUCGCCGCCAACAUUGACCGGAAGCCGUGGCUCACCCACCAGUGCGACGAUUCAAGAGGAAAAUGAGGAUCCAAACUAUCAUGCUGGCCGAGAUAGUAUUAACGAUUUGUCGUUGUAUACAUCACCAAGUAUGCCUAAUAUCAGUCUGGGACGGCCGCAUCUACCAAACGCACACAGUCACGCUUAUGGAAUUCAUUCAAUUCUACGAACACCGUCGCAAACAAUGCUAGCCCCACCGGGAGCACCGUAUUUUAUUCCGACCAUGGAACAUGGUGAUGUACCGCCAGCCCACAGUGGAAUUCACUUGGCCCAAAUGGCGGGUUUGCAUCCGAUUCCAAUGUACAGCCAACCAAUCACCGAUGCUCAAGUUGCACUCGCUCGCUUGCAUAAGCAAGGCCAUCGGCCAUUGGGUCGAACUCAAUCAGCUCCACUUCCACUUGGCCAUCCGAUGCUAACGGGUGCUGCUGCCCUGAACAUUGCUCAAACACACUAUGAAAACAGUGAGGCUGAACGACAGGCAUACGAACAACAACACUUGCAAUUGACACAAAAGAUCCGGCAAACGGUGUUAACGCGAAGCGGACGCGCCGAAUCGUUCAAAGAAGAAGAAGAUGCUGUCAUCGAUUUAACCGAUAAAAAGCAACCACCGAAACCUAUACCAACAAGCACCGUGAUUUCGUCUACUCUCAAUCCACCGCCGGCCAUAUCGCCCGAAGAACGAUUACGUGAUCAGGAAUAUUUGCAGCAACAACGUGAGAUACUCAUCCGUCAAUCGAUGCAGUUGUCUGUUGACGAUCCAUUCUUGAUGCGGAAUCUCAGUCGACCUUUAUCUCGAACGUUAUCGAGUCCUUUGGUACCGCUUGGACAACCAAAUCUUUGCGGCAUUCGUGAUACCGGCCAAUCGUUAUCGCUCGACAAUCCAAUCAAUUUGACACAUCGACGCCACAUUACGGAGAACGAACACAAAAUCACAACCGGUCUUGCAUUUGACAACACAAUGCUGAAGCAUUCGUGCAUUUGUGGAAAUAAUUCAUCGCAUCCCGAGCACAGUGGUCGGCUGCAAAGUGUAUGGGCUCGGCUGGGUGAAACUGGAUUGGCGAAUCGAUGCGAUCGUUUGCGAUCACGCAAAGCCACACUCGAUGAAAUUCAAACGGUGCACACGGAAAACCAUGCCAUGCUAUUCGGUUCGAAUCAAUUGAAUCGCCAAAAAAUGGAAUCAUCACGAACGAGUUUUGUGCGGCUCGCAUGCGGUGGUGUUGGUGUCGAUUUGGACACCACAUGGAAUGAGAACUAUACCAGUGCGGCUGCAAAAAUGGCAGCUGGAUGUGUUAUCGAUUUGGCAUUUAAAACAGCGAAACGUGACAUUGAAAAUGGUUUUGCCGUCGUUCGCCCACCAGGUCAUCAUGCUGAGCCAGAUUUAGCCAUGGGAUUCUGUUUCUUCAACUCUGUUGCAAUUGCUGCGAAAUUGUUGCGUCAGCGUUUGCCAAAUGAAAUUGGAAAAGUUCUGAUCGUCGAUUGGGAUGUACAUCAUGGUAAUGGUACGCAGCAAGUAUUCUACGAGGACAAUAGCGUUUUGUAUUUAUCAAUACAUCGACACGAUGAUGGAAACUUCUUUCCGGGCACUGGUGGUCCAACUGAAUGCGGUGCUGGAAUCGGUGUUGGAUUCAAUGUUAAUGUCGCAUGGUCGGGUGGGUUGAAUCCAGCGUUGGGCGAUGCCGAAUACUUGGCCGCGUUUAGAACGGUUGUAAUGCCAAUUGCUCGUGAAUUUGCACCCGAUAUCAUUCUCGUUUCGGCCGGGUUUGAUGCUGCCAUCGGUCAUCCACCACCAUUGGGCGGUUAUGUGGUGUCACCAGCUUGUUUCGGUCAUUUAGCACGUGAAUUGAUGCAAUUGGCUGAUGGUAAAAUCGUUCUGGCCCUUGAAGGUGGUUAUGAUUUGACCGCAAUUUGUGAUUCAGCCCAAGAGUGCGUGAAGGCUUUACUUGGCGACGAACCAUCACCCAUACCUGAAGUUGAGCUAUCGCGUGCACCGUGUCAAAAUGCAAUCGACACACUGCAGAAAACUAUUGCUAUUCAGAUGUCACAUUGGCCAUGCGUAAAACGUUUGGCCCACACCGUUGGAAUGUCAGCUAUUCAAGCACUGAAAUGUGAACGAGAGGAAUCAGAAACGUUAACCGCAAUGGCUGGUCUCUCAAUGCAGCCACCAGCGAAUCGUGGUUCGCUUUCGCGUGAAGAAUCUGAUGAACCGAUGGAACAAGACGACGCAAAAUGAAUGAAAAAAAAGCAUCGACGAAAAAUUGAUAAUUGCGCAAAUUGCGAUAACAAACGAAAAUUGAAAGAAUGAAAAAAAAAAACAAAAAUUCUCAUACCUGCUGGACAUGUUUUGAUUUGGAAAUGUGUAAAUGAUGUUGAGUUUAUAUUAGAGAUCGAGGAAUUAAUGCAUACAACUAUUUUGAAUAUAGAAUAAUUGUGAUUUUAAAUGUAUGUUCUUAACAAUUAACGUGAUUAAGUUUUAAAUAAGAGAGACAGGCGGUGCAAGAGGCACACAGCUGAAGAGAAUUAGAUGAAAUGAGAAUGUGUGUGAGUAGGGGAGGGGGGGGGGGGUAGCAAAGAAUGAAGCGUGUGACAUUUUGAAAUGUAUGUGCUAUGCACAUAAUUUAUGGUCGCCGGAGUUAGGAACAGCAAAAAAACGAUAAUUUCUACAUAAAUGCAGGGACACAAAAGACGCAAGACUAAGUUUGCCUAAUAAAAGACGAAGCAAUCCGCACUUUAUCAUCUCGAUAACGUAGUGUAUGAUUUGAACUGGCAUUCCGACCCAAAUGAAAUCCAUUCGAUUGAAAACAAAGAGAAAGAAGAGAAAAAACAACAACGGAAAACGAGCAAAUUAUUUAAAAAAUGAACUGGUUUCAUUUGGCAGGUGAAGCCAUUGUGUGGUGUGGUUUAUCGGGCAAAUAGUUUCUUGUGUUUUUUCUAUUUAUAUUUUAUUAAAAUGACAAACCGAAUUAAAGUGAAAACCGCACUCACACACACACACACACACACACACACGAUUCAACCAAUUGUAUAUAAUAUAUAUUUAUUGUGCAAAAAAAAGAGAGUAUAAAACACUAAUGUUUAUGUAUAAAAUACAAUUAUCCGCUUGAGAAACAAUAUGAUGAGCCCAUUUGUUGGUGCACCUGCAAAAAUGUUAUGUGCUUUAUGGAUAUAGCCACAAUCACACGUUCGUCAGAACAUAAACUCUUAAUGAUGUGAAUGAUAAAUAUCACACUUAAACACACAGAGAGAGUCACACGACUUAUUGAUAGCUGAUGUUGUUUAUAUUUCACACCUAUCCCACUACUACCUCCUUCGUGAGAGUACGCUGGGAAUGGUCAUGUUUGGCGCAUAUUUUUGAGAAAUGGAAUUUCUCUGAAUGUUGAUUUUGUUCAUCGUAACGGUAUUUGUGGUUUUUAACACAUUUUGCACAAUUUUUCUUUUCAUUUCAAAGAAGCAACGCGAAAUGAAUAUUGCAUGAGCAAAAUAAUAACACGGCUUCGCACUCAAAUCGACGAAUUUAAAAUACUUAAAACUGAAAAAAGUGACAUUUGUCACAAAAUAAAUUUAUCGUAUCCGUUGUUUAAUAACCACGAAAAAAAAAAUUAAUCACAAGCAAGAGAGACAAAAAAACGACACUUUAAUCGUUUGCAUAUAUAAUAAUCAGGUGAUGCAUACAAAUUGCUCAGCCGCAAUUCAACGAAUUUCCAUAUGUUUCUUGUUUUUUUUUAAAUCAUGCGAUUGCAUCACAUCCGAUUCAUGGAACGAUAAGGAUUCAAAUACACCUCCCAUUCUGCGAAACCAAUUUUCCUUCCUCACUCUCUCGAUCAACUUUGUAUCAAUCGAUUGAGAAAGAGAAAAAAAAUGUAAUAGAAAAAUUUCAUUCAAAACUAUUUUUUUUCCUUGAUCCAUAUCAAUAUAAUGUAUUCGCAUUGGGCAGAAAUCUAAAUGAAGCGAAAAAAAAUAUAACAAUAACAUCACUGAAAAGAGAAAUCCAAUUUAACACUUAAAAUCGUAUAAAAUAUUCAUAACGAUAUAUAUAGAGAGAAAAUGAACUAAUUUGAGUGACCUUAAUGUGCAAAAACCAACGAAUAAAAAUUAUUUAAUUAUACAGAGACCGAGUGUCAGUGCUGUUUCUGUGACUCACACAGGAUCAAUUGCACUGGCCAACUCUUUUUAUAACAACAACAAAAUGGAUCUAGCAAAAAAAAGAAGAGUUUUUAAUCGAAUUAACAAAUAAAAAUGUCGAGAGUUUCAAAUUCGACAGAAGCCGGAGAAAACUAGCAAACGACGAAGAAUUUUAAAUGUCAAUUGUUGUCUAAAAUAAAACUAAAUGAAUGUAAUGUGUGUACUUUCAGCAGAAGCAGAAGAGGAAGAACCAAUCUAGAUUGAGCAAAUUAGUCACGGUUUUAGUGAGGACACAAAAGUGCACACAGAAUUUGUUAUCCAUAAUAAAAAUGUCUGGGGUUUUCUUCCGUUCAUGAUUGAAUGCGAAACUGUAGUAUUUUUAUUGACACGGCGACCUAAAUUAUAAAUAUUGUGUCAUUAAAUAAAUGUAUAAAUAAUUAGUUAAAAUGAUUUUGAGAAAAUGAAAAAAAAAGGAAAAAUUGAAUUAGAUGAACAAAAAAAGGAUAGAGAAAAUUGUUUCAAAUAUUUGUUGAUAUGUGUCUCGUGGCGUUGACUGAACAAUUCUCAACAAUGAGAUGCAUCAAAUUUUUAAGUGCUGGUCACUAACAUAGAUAGACAAUUUAUCGGCGAAGAAUAAGUCACAUACACACGCAGCAGAAUUUCAAUCAAUUCGCUUGAAAACACAUACCGAAAAACAAAUAAACUUAGACAAGAGAUUUGUUUCGAUGUUAUUUGUGGUGGAAAUAUUGUAUUGAUAUUGUUCUAGAUUUGUAUCACACAUACACAAAGCAAAACCACAUGCAUUAACACUCAUUACUCACACUCAACAAGACAGAGAAAACAAGCAAACCCAUAUUCAAUGAGACGAAGAGAAAAAAGAACGAGGAAAAUCAUUAUACCAAAAUGAAACGAUGAAAUUUAGUGUAAAUCUUGUUUUAAUAUUUUUCGAUAUGCUUACACACAAACAAAAACAAAAAACACAACAAAAAAUAAUGAUAACAUGAAAAAUUCUAUGAUGAGAUAAUACUUUAAUCGACAGGUGCAGCUUUUAAGAAUCGUUUUACCUAAAUUAAAAUGAAGAUAAAAACAAUGACGAAGAUGAAAGAUAAAUGGAUAAAACAAUGAGGAUAUACAAAUAUUUAGAUAUCAAGAACACAUUUUGGUGAAAAAGAACAACAAAAUAGACAAAUUGAGUGGUUUCAUUGAGUCGAACAGGAAACGUACGACCCGACAUACACAUAUUACGUAUAAAAAACAAACAAAUUGAUGAUGGUGUUUUACCACCACAUGAACAUUUUAGAUAUUUAUUAAUUGUGAAAUUGAUGUUAAUUAUUGGUGUUGACGCGUGGAUAACAAAAAAUCCGAUACAGAAUCCAAUCAGGAUGUGUGUGCUAAUACCGUUUUUUGUAAGUGUGGACAUUUGUGUGUCAAGCCAACCAAUCAAACAGCCGAAUACCUUUGAAUGAAUAGCACACACUUUAUGAACGGUGAACAAAUAGCUAAUGUUUUUGGCAAAGUGCAAACCUGUUUUCGGGAUGAUGUUGGCACGUACAUCGAAGAGCGAACGAUAUGUGUGCGUGUAUUUUCUUGAUGAUAUGUCCAAACUUGUCGAAUGGAUCGAAAAUUGUAUGGCAAAAGUUUUCACGAGAUAUUUAAACAGAUGGUGGCAUACUAAAUGCAAACUAAUUUAUCAAUUGUCAUCAAAAAGAACCAGACACAAUCGAUUGUGUGUGUGUGUGUUUUUGAUGGCGUGUGCUCAGUCGAAUUUUAUAUGUAAAUCAUCUCUUCUUCUUAUAUUUAUUUCCUUACUAUCUCAAUUUUUGUGAACUCUUUUUUUUGCCUACUCUAAACGCACACAUUACAACAAUAGACAAAUCAAUCUAUCUGUGUUCCACUUUGUUCGUUUAUCAUAACUAUUGUUCUUAUGGUAUUGUUGUUGUCUUUUUUUUUCUUCUUCUCGUAAUCCUCUUACUCAACCAUUUGAUGGAAUCAACAACAUGACCACAUCAUUUAUUUAAAAUCAUUUCAUUUUCUUUGGUUUAUGUUCAAACUCCAAAACACUCGAAUCGAUGCCAUUUCGCAUCGUUUUUUUUUUUAAUUAGGCACAGCUGAAUAUCAUGGCGACACAUGAAGAAAAAAAUUGUAAAACACUGAAAUUUGUCUCUCUUUUUUUAAGAGAAGAAUAAUAAAAUCACACACACACACACAUACACCCAAUACAUUCCAUUAAUCUGUAUGACAAAUUGUGUUUAGUUUUUAAGUUUCUAAUUUAAAUAGUAAUUUUAUUUUUCAAUAUGAAAACCAAUGUUAUAAAGAAUUUAAAAAAAUCUAUUUACGUACAAACAAUUUUUUUUUGAAAUUUGAUGAUUAAGAAAUGUUAAUUCACGAUAUAAAAAAAAAACAGAAAAAUAAUUUCAUCCAUCGAAACAACGGUGGAAUGCAUGAAAUAUGUGAGAAAGAGAAAAAGAAAAAUGAAAAGUAUAUUAUCUAUGGAGAAAAAAAAACAUGAAAUUGAAAAUAAAACUGAUUGUUGUUUUGUAUAUGAAAAAAA